CCAUACUUCAUGUAUUCAAAUCAUAAACCUCUAUUGCUAAUUAGCUAACACCAUCUGCUAAUAACUGGGAAAUCAGAUUCUUUAGUUCGUUUGUACCUUAACAAGAUUCUUAGCCAUGAGUUUCGUGAUACCUGAAUUGGUCCAAUAUUUCUUCUUGCAAUCGUUUCUCAACAGGGGCACCAGAAUCUUGAAGUUUUUCUCAAGAUGCAAGUUUGUUGUCCACCAUCAACUAGGGUUUUCCCCGGAACCCUACAUGUCUAACAUUCAAGUCGAAAAGGAAAACCAUGAUCCCAAUUUGUCAAGAUCACACCUUUCCUUCACCAACAAGAGAAUCUCUGGUGAUGAAAGCGUCAGAAGAGAUGAGUUGGAGCUACUGAUGGCGAAUUUAGGGUUUUUUUGCCUUUCCGGAGGCGAAAAGCUGCCGGAGUCGUUGAAUUCUACAGAUUUGUUGAAUAUUUUUGAAGAGGAGCAACCGAGAUUGGAUGAAGUGAAAGAAGCUUUUGAUAUUUUUGAUGAGAACAAAGAUGGGUUUAUUGAUGCGAGGGAGUUGCAGAGGGUUCUUUCUGCUUUGGGAGUGAUGGAAGGAGCGGACAUGGAAGACUGUAGGAAGAUGAUCGGAGCGUUUGACGAGAACGCCGAUGGUAGGAUAGAUUUUAACGAGUUUGUGAAGUUUAUGGAAAACACCUGCUGUUAGAUUGGUGUAUCUGUUAUUAACUUAUUACCAUUUGUUUAUUAUUCAUAUUUUUCAAGAAUGGUUUAUCAUUCUUAUGAAAAAAAAACAUUAAAUUGUAUUGGUA